AUGGCUAAGAGAACUAAGAAGGUCGGUAUCACAGGUAAGUACGGUGUCCGUUACGGUUCCUCCUUGAGAAGACAAGUCAAGAAGUUGGAAGUCCAACAACACGCUAAAUACGACUGUUCCUUCUGCGGUAAGAAGACUGUCAAGAGAGGUGCUGCUGGUAUCUGGACCUGUACCUCUUGUAAGAAGACUGUUGCCGGUGGUGCUUACACCGUUUCCACCGCUGCCGCCGCCACUGUCAGAUCUACCAUCAGAAGAUUGAGAGAAAUGGCCGAGGCUUAA